GCUUGCCCUGUGAACGACGUACCUCCUUGUGGGCUUGAGCAGCAGCAGCAAGUGGCCGGUCACAGCCAUCGGUUCUGAGAUAGGAGGUCUUAGCAUCUCCCUUUGAUCUGCGUGGCGGGGCCCGUCAUGCUUGAACGCUACCAUGGCCGAUAAGCGCAAGCUCCAGACUGAGAUCGACAGGGUGCUGAAACAAGUGUCCGAGCAUUCUGAGAUUUUUGAGGACACAUACGAUAAGAUUCAAACUGCCACCAAUUCCAACCAGAAGGAAAAGUUUGAGGCAGAGCUCAAGAAGGAGAUCAAGAAAUUGCAGAAAUUCCGCGAGCAAAUCAAAUCAUGGCUCAACAGCAGCGACGCAAAGAGCAUGGCCAAAGUGCUUGGCGAGACUCGCAAGCUCAUCGAAAACCAAAUGGAACGUUAUCGUGAUUUGGAACGAGAUGCCAAGACCAAGGCUUACUCCAAUGAGGGUCUGGACAAGCGCUCAAAACUUGACCCUGAAGAACAAGAGAAGCAGGACUGUCGAGAUGAUCUCAACCGAUACAUUGAAGACAUCAAACUGCAGGUCGACAUGAUUGAGGCAGAAAUCGAAACGACUAGCAAUGCCAAGCGGAAAAAGAAGACGGAAGAAGUUCUCGAAGCACUGCAAGCUCGGAUAGAGCGUCACCAGCGCUUGGUUGCAAAGAUCGAGAUGGUGAUCCGUGGUCUUGAUAACAACAAUCUCGAGCCCAGCCAGCUUGAAGAUGUCAAGGAAGGCAUUGAAUACCAUAUCAAUGACAACACGGAUCCGGACUUUGUGGAAGACGAGUAUCUCUUUGAUGACAUCGAGGAGCACCUUCGCGCUGUUGGCGUACGUCAGCCCCGGCUGUGCCAUGCCAGCUGGUAA